AUGUGUAUGUGUAUACAGGAGGAGAUAAGGAAUAACUCGCCGUCGAGUUUGAUGAUGAAUCAGCAGAUGAUGAAUAUCCCGAACGAAUCGAUGUUACCCGUUCGUGAUAUCGACGAGCUUCCUAAGCCUCCCGCAGCUAAACGACCCCCGGAGAAAAGACAGAGAGUGCCCUCUGCUUACAACCGCUUCAUCAAGGACGAGAUCCAACGUAUCAAAGCUGGUAACCCUGAUAUCAGUCACAGGGAAGCCUUCAGUGCUGCUGCUAAAAAUUGGGCCCACUUCCCACACAUCCACUUCGGACUGAUGCCAGAUCAACCCGUGAAGAAACCAAACGUGUGCCAACAGGAAGGAGAUGAUCAUGUGAUGAUGAAAGAUGGGUUUCUUGGUGCAGCUGCAAAUGUGGGUGUUUCUCCCUACUAAUUAAGAAAUUAAUUAAAAAAUUGCAGCAGCUUUUCUUUAUAUUAAUAUAUGUUAAUUAUGUUUUCAAGUAUUUUUCUUUAAUCUCAUCAUGUGUCUUUAUAUUAUGCUGUCUUGAAGGUCUGUUUUUAAUUAAUUACUGUAUAAUGUUUUCGGAUUUAUGCUUAAUUAGCUUUAAAUUCAAAUGGUUGUCGUCUGAGAGGAUUUCAACUUAACUAUGUAGUAUCUCUAAAACCCAUUUGAAAAUGAAGCUUUUUUCUUAUUAUUUA